CGCGACCAACAUCUGGACCCCGUGCCCCUUUCCCUCCCUCCCUCCCUCUUUUAUCAUACCGACUUGGAUGGCCGACAGCGGGCUGGGCGCUCUUGAGCAGGAGAUUACCGCCCUCCACGAUUAUGCCGCUGUGCGCUACACAAACGUCGCGUUCGUUGCGCUGAUCUUGUACGACUACGUCAUCACGAUUGAUACGGAGGUGUCCCGAAUUUGGAGUUUGAAAUGGCGCUUGCCCAAGAUUCUGUAUCUGAUCAAUCGCUAUAUCGUGCCACCCAUGCUCAUAUUUGACGCGAUCGUACCCGCAAUUUACAAUCUGCCGGAAUCAAUGUGCGACUUCAUCGCAAAGUGGACGCCGUGGCCAACGAUCAUCUCGCUUACGACGUCUGAGAUGAUCCUGAUGCUGCGUGUGUUUGCUGUCGCCGGUGAUCGAAAGGGUGUUCGAUACUUUCUAUGGGGUCUUUUCCUUUGCGAACUCGCUGGUUGGAUUGCACUAAGCAGUAUCGUAACGAAAAAUACUGUUGGAUCUCCCGGUGGCAUGUUGUUCCCGGGCUGUUUGUUCUCCGCACCCACUUACUUCUACACUGCAUGGAUCCCACCCGUCAUCUUUGAAAGUAUUCUAAUCAUUGUGACGGGAUAUUAUGCGAGUGCGUAUCAUUGGACCAAGAAAGGAUCUUCCCAAACUAUCCAGAUCCUCGCUCGCGAUUCAAUUCUUUACUUUCUCAUAAUUUUUUGUGAUAUUUCCUGGAUGCCUUUUCGGCAGCUCUGCGCUCAUUCCACUCCAGCGGUUCUUCUCAGUAACCUGCUAAUCGCGAGGUUUGGCCGAGACUUCCUUGGCUCGCUUUUCAUCGCGUGAGUGAUUCCUCGCUGGACGCACUCAGUGGGUGACACCCAGUUAGGCCCUCGAGCGUGAUUGCAUGUCUCGGCGCAUCGCGGCUAAUGAUUAACUUGGGCAGCAUUGCAGCCAGUGACACAGGGCCAACCACUGAGGACUUCGUGAUGGGUCUCAGCACAGGAACCGCGAGCCACGAUAUUACAUUCGAGACAAGGUCAAGAGCCAGUUGACACACUCCCCGUGUUGCCUCGCGCGAAACAAUUCGGGAGCUCGUAGUUCUUGAAUGUGCCGCAUCCAGAUAUAUAAAUUUUGUAGGAAAUCUGCACUGUAUACGCUCCGAUACUAUAAAAUUCUGCCACUGGUGCACUACAAGAGGUCAAGGUCAAACAAAUUGAUCUCUCCGAAACAACUAGAACUCGAAUUACGUUUAGGUCAGUUCAUCAUCCCCCGGCCGUCCUCUGGAUUUUCGAUCUCCGCUCUGCAUUGUUCGGUGCGCGAGCCUAGCAAUAGGCCAAAGCGCAGAAUUGUGAUGUGGCUUGAUCAGCCACGAGGCGCAACAAGCCAUGCUUACGCAUGGAACCAUCUUCUACAAAGAUUCUCAGCGAUAAAACGUAUUGCGCAUUGUCCUCUCGCUGCAUCGAUCGUCUUGAACAGCUCCUUGCCCCAAGGCUACCCCCACUCCUGCCCCCAC